ACGAAGGGGGGAGGGAGUGACAGAGAAGCGGAGCGGCUGAAGGAGAGAAGUAGAAAAAAAAAGGUCAGCCAUCCCUGGAGGGAAGCGUUGUGAAGGGGCCGCAGACAGGGAGGAAGCGAGCGAGGAGGCAGGCAGAUUAGCGGCGCUUCUAUGGCUCAGUCGGCUGCUAACGGUGUGGACCAGGAUCUGGCCAGCAAGAGGCUGCACUCAAGGAUGGAGGCCUCCUGCCUGGAGUUGGCCUUGGAAGGAGAGCGACUGUGCAAGGCCGGAGACUUCAAAGGUGGAACAGCGUUUUUUGAGGCAGCCGUGCAGGUCGGCACAGAAGACCUGAAGACCCUCAGUGCCAUCUACAGCCAGCUGGGCAAUGCCUACUUCUACCUCAAAGAGUAUGGCAAAGCCCUGGAAUACCACAAGCACGACCUUACUCUGGCCAGAACAAUAGGAGACAGAAUUGGAGAAGGAAAAGCCAGUGGAAACCUUGGUAACACAUUAAAAGUGUUGGGGCGCUUCGAUGAGGCUGUUGUGUGCUGUCAAAGACAUCUGGAUAUUUCUCAAGAGCAGGGCGAUAAGGUUGGCGAGGCCAGAGCGCUGUAUAACAUAGGCAACGUGUUUCAUGCGAAAGGCAAACAGCAGUUGUGGGGCUGCACCCAGGAACCAGGGGACCUGCCUCCUGACGUCAGAGACACACUGCAGAGGGCCACCGGCUUUUAUGAGAUGAACUUGUGUUUGGUCAAAGAACUUGGAGACCGAGCUGCUCAGGGCAGGGCCUAUGGGAACCUGGGCAACACCCACUACCUGCUUGGAAACUUUGUGGAAGCGAUCAAGUUUCAUCGUCAGAGAUUAUCCAUAGCCAAAGAGUUUGGGGACAAAGCGGCAGAACGGCGAGCCUACAGUAACCUGGGCAAUGCCCUGAUAUUCCUGGGCCAGUUCAACACAGCCACUGAGUACUACAGGAAAACUUUGCAGCUGUCCAGGCAGCUGAGGGACCAGGUGAUGGAGGCUCAGGCCUGUUACAGCCUUGGAAACACCUACACCCUCUUGCAGCAGUAUGAGAGGGCGGUAGACUACCACCUGAAACACCUGUACAUAGCCCAGGAGCUCACUGACAGAGUUGGCGAGGGCCGUGCCUGCUGGAGUCUGGGAAAUGCGUACGUGUCUUUAGGGAACCACAAACAAGCUCUCCACUAUGCCCGAAAGCACCUGGACAUCUCAAAAGAAAUUGGAGACAGAAACGGGGAACUGACAGCCAGAAUGAAUGUGGAGCAGCUGAUGGAGGCUCUGGGGGUCAAUGAGAGCGACCUAUCGCCCUCUAGCUCAGAGUUUGAGAUGCAAGGAGCAAGACCCAAAUUCACCAAGAGAAACAGCAUGGACAGUGUAGAACUGUGGAAGUACUCUUCAGAUAAGAAUGGUGAGAACCAAGACUUGGAAAGCAUACCCAGGAGAUCCAAGAGCCAGCUGUCACAGCCAGGUAAAAGAAAAGGCUAUCCUGACAGCCAGUCAUCAGACGAAAGGCCGUGGUUGGACUCUCCUGUCGACACAGAUGACAUCACUGUGCAAGUCCCGCCUCCUGUGCCAAAGCUGGGCCGUGACCCGUCCGAUGAAGACUGCUUCUUUGACCUCCUCAGCAAGUUCCAGAGCAGCCGCAUGGACGACCAGCGCUGCCAUCUUGAUGAGCCACAGAACGGAGACAACGGAGAAGGUGCUGCGAACUCCGUGCCGUCCCUGAACGAGAUGAUAGAUCCCGCGAUCACCACCUCCCCCCAGACCGAGGAGCUGUUCGAUUUGAUCGCUAGCUCUCAGAGCCGCCGUCUUGAUGACCAGCGGGUGAAUGUUGGUAACCUUCCAGGCCUGAGGAUCACGCAUAACAAUCUCGGACACCUGGUGGGCGAGGGAGACCACCAAGAACCCAGCGAUGACUUCUUCAACAUGCUUAUCAAGUGCCAGUCCUCAAGGAUUGAUGAUCAGCGGUGCUCCCCGCCAGAGGCAGGCCCCCACGCCCCCACAGUGCCUGACGAAGACUUCUUCAGUCUAAUCCAGAGGGUGCAGGCCAAGCGUAUGGACGAGCAGCGCGUCCAGCUGCCCGCAGACGACCAGGACGGCCCUCAGUCCCCCGACCCAGAGCCACCCGGUGGUCUCUCCAGCUAGGACUUGGCGAAGAACGCCGCACAACUCCAUGUCAAAGAAAAUGAAAGCGGAAGGCGUGCAAGAAGCGUGAGCCGACAUUUGAAGACAGCACUUGAAGGGUGAACUAACAAGAUUUUUAAUAACAAGACAAAUUCCAUGUGCAAUAGGUGGCGCGCCGUCAAAUGUUGCUUGAUGUGUUAUGUUCUUAAUGUGUGUAAAUAUAACAAGAAAACAAGCAGAGUUUAAGCUGGGUGGUGAGGGGGAAGAUAAAAAUACUUUUGGGGUGACAUGACAACAACAAACGUGAAAUAUGUACUCAAUCUAAUGCCUUAAUCAGCAUUUUUUUCCAGACUCAAGAUUGUAUUUCCUGGUGUCAGACGUGUUUUGUAGAAGCACAUGAUGGGCAUGCAGUGUAACCUGGACAGACACGCGGAGACCUACAGCAAGAAGAUUUACUGACAGGAACAAAGUUGAUGAAAACAGCAGAGAAAUGACAGAUUUGCACUGAAAUUUGAACCAGUUUUAUAAAGACAUGAAUGAUAAUGUAUAUACUAACUGUCUUCAGGUCAGUUCUGAUCAAUGCUGCUGUUAUCAUUCAAUUUUUGAGGUCCCCGCCUCUAAGGGAAAAAUGGUGUUAUUUGUGCUGUAACAGUAUUCGGGAUGUCCAUCCAGUGUUAAACAAACUGCUUUGGUCAGUUUAAACUUUCCACUGACUUCAUUUUUUUGACUUAUCCAACAGAUUAAGAUUCAUUAGAACUGACAAACUGAGUGAAAUAUGAUUUUCCACAUAAAUUAUAUUUCUGUGCAUUUUUGCAUUUAUACAAAUGCAUCUUUUCACACAGUAUGCAGUGGCAGCGGCAGUGAAAUAGCUGCUUAUUCUAUAGGGUGAAGAUUAAAGUUGUGGAACAAUUCAGGCUCCAGUUAAUGUUUCUGCUUAGCUUUUGAAGUAAUGCUGUCUCCUGCCCACAGUGUUCUUAACAUCUGAUAACAGACUACUGCUUACUGCCAUUAUCAUUAUUAUCUUAACACAGAAGAAGGAGCUGAAGGAAAAACGGAUGUGUCAUAUGAGGGAUCUAAUACCUUGAACAAUAUUGAAGCACUAAUUCUUUUUGUGCUGCUGGUGUGCUGCCUCCCUGUGGUCAAAACUUUGUAUUACAUCUGUGAAAUGCGGCGCGCGGUCCAUUCGCCUCCCUGGAAUAUUAGUAGAACAGUGUAAGAAUAAUUUUACGAUACAGUGCAAGUAUGCCGAUCUUUCCUCUGGUUCCAGCAACAAUGUUUUGACAACGUGUGACAUAAAUGUGGAGAUUUUUGCAAAUCAUUUUAUCUGGUAUCAUUUCACGGUAUCUGUACAUUUCUAUCCAUUUGUUGCAAUGAAAUUUCCAAAAUCAGACUUUGAGACAUUUUGCUGUACAGUGCAUCUGUAUAAUGGUACUGUACAAAACCUAUUUGACUUUACCUAUGGGCUUGCUAUUGAUUCAGAAGUAGUGCAUACCUCAUUUUUGUACCUCAAAGCUUUUGAACCUUAGAGAUUUUCUGAAUGAGGGUGGAUCAUGUACCAACAUAACCACUAUGAAUGGUUAUGUUAGAUUCAUCUGUCUUUGAUAAACAACAGAUUGGGAGCUGAAGUUAAUAUUUUCUUUUUCUGUGAAUUAACAUUUUUAGAAAGUCUCGGUACGCUUCUAUUUGUCUCUCGCCAUAAUUUGUACAUAUAAAUAUAUUUUGUAUUUAUGUUCCAUUUGAGGACAUGAAUAUGUCCCCUCAUGCUUUUAAUAAAAUGUUUCAGAUGUU